AUGGUUUCCUUUUCUUGUGAGGUGUGCAACGACACCGUGAUCAAAAAGAAAUUAGAUCAGCAUUCUCAGAGAUGCCACGGUGCUUACUUUACGUGUAUCGACUGUUCCACCACUUUCAGUGGCACUGACUAUAGGGGUCACACUCAGUGUAUUUCUGAAGCUGAGAAAUAUGAGAAGGCCUUGUACAAGGGCAAGAAGAAGCCUGCCAAGGAGGAGAAAAAGUUUGUCAAGGAAGAGAAGAAGGAUGUGAAGGAAGUCAAGCAAGAGAAGAAGCCUGUCAAGGAAGAGAAGAAGGAAAAGUCUAAAAUUUCCAAACAGAAGAAAGAGAAGAAAAUCGACCUCUCCAAGUACUCCAAUGGAUCCCUCUACAAAAUCAUCAAAGACAUGUCUAAGGACUUGAACAAAGACAAAAAAGACGUGUUGAAACAGUUGCAGGUGGCUGUGGAGGACGGCAAAUUUGUGGUUUCCUUGUAA